UUACCGGAGGCUCCUACUCAUGAAGGUUUUUCUCUUGGUCGGGAUCGCGGUGGACAUUGCAGUUUUAUAUUUCGAUAUAUUCCCAAACCAAAAUGAUCAUGAAGGAGGCCUUCAGGAAAUGGUCGAAAUGGCGGAGAUAAUCUGGCGCACAAAACCUCCCAUCGGUACAAAAAAGCUAAAAUUCCUGGGCCAGCCAUCAGGAAUACAAGCCUACAUAAUUAUUACUCUCAUAUUCCGAAUCUACAUCACGUUGAUUACGCAAAUAACCCAUUUGCUAAUUUUUAUCGCCUCCGUUGCCGUUUACGAGAUUGUCAACGAGACUGUGAAGAACGUUGAAAAGUUGACUUAUUCCAAAGACAAAAUUAUGCAACUCGUCCGAAUGAAGGAACAAAUUGGAGUCGUCAAUGAAAUUAAUGGGCCAAUGAUGGUCGCAGUUUUUAUUGACAUGCUCGGCCACCUUGCAACCGCUCUUGGCAAACCAAGUGAUGAUAUUUGGUACGACGGGAUUUUUUUCUUAAUCAAGUAUUCAAUUAACUUUGCAAUUCUGGUGAUUGCUGCAGAAGCUCAUUGCAAAGCUGUCAUGCUGGAAAAGUCCAUCAUAUUUUCAUACGUCAUGAAAGAAUCAGAUAGGUCAGAGGCCAAUAAAAAUCAUCAAGGACUUUGGGAGGGCAAAGUGGCCAAGCAAGUUCAGGCUAUGCAAGCCUUGUUAAGGACAUCUCCAGGACAAAAUGGUUUAACUGGGUGGAAAUUUUUCUUGAUUUCGUAUCCAUUUUUGGGAUCGGCACUCAGCAUCUGCUUAACAUAUGCCAUGGUCAUGUUACAGUUCGUUGCUGCACCGAAAAGGGAGAAAACUGGAUAGCAAAUUGAACGCUAAAAUUUUGCCAAGUUGAUUAUUAACGUAUUUCGUUCUUAUGUGCUGCUUAAUAAAAGUGACACCAACGAAAUAAGAUUGUUUGUUAAAUUU